AUGGUCCCUUCCAAUUCUAAAAACUAUCAACUCUAAAGUUUAUUUCCUUGCUUAAAACUAGAGCUGAGUCAGAAGGGAUGAGGAAGGGUGCUAAUUCAUAAAUUUAUUUCCACAUUUCAAUCUGUUUUAGAGUAACUGGCUUUCAUGCCCAAGGAAGGACUAGAAUGCAUAGUCUCCAGUUUAGCUCAGGAUCUUAGCCACUAUACCUGAAUUGUUAAAUAAUAGCUUCCGAUUUGUUUUCCUGAGUUCCUAAUGGUGAUUUACUUUUGAAAGAAUGAAUUUGUCUCAUAUUCUGUUUCAAAUCCUGUACCUUGUAAAUUAUAUCGUAAUAUAUUCAAAAUGCAAAUUUCCCCUUUCAAAUGUUAGUAGUCAACACUAAUAUCUAAAUGGUUGCCAUAUGUUUUGUAUUUGUCUGACAAGGUCAACAGUGAAAUAAUUCCUCUUUGUUUUAAGCAGACCUUUACCUCAUUUGCAAAAUAAAAGAAACUCUUUCAGUCCUGUUGGAAAUCCUGUAUUUGCUAGGAACUUGCUAAUAUUUCCAGAGCACAUGGAGAAUUGCAAAAUGGUGUUUCAGGUGCUCUUGGGUAAUACAAUUAUUAUUGACAAUUUGGAAGCUGCCAUUCAGUACAGAAGAGAGGUUGUGAAAAUGACAGAUUGUCCAACUUUAUUAACAAGAGAGGGGUACAGAAUUCGCAGUAAUGGAAAGUUUGGAGGCCUUUCAAAUAAAGCCCCGCCUAUAGAGAAGCUUCGGGGGAUGGUUUUUGGAGAACCUCUGCCACCGGAUUACAAUAUUGUCUGCCUACAGAUAGACGACCUUCAGAAGUACAAAGCAGCAUUUCUCAAAUGUAAUGAAGUAAACAGUGAACUUGAAAAACUACAAUCCUUUGAUAUUUUAGAAAUGGAAAAAAAAAGAAAAACUUGAUGAAUUGAAAGGCGAACUUGCAUUAAUAGAGGAGAAAUUAGGUAUGGAUGUAUUGACCCCCACAUAUAUAUUACCAAAAAGCAUUUUGGCACACCAAUAUAAUGGAAUAUAAACAUAAAUAAUGAAGUCAUGUAUAACCAGGCCCCAAGUUUCAAUAAAUCAAACAGGGUCUUCUAUACAGGUACCCGUCAAACCAUUUGUUUGGUG